ACCUGAGUUUGGGGUGGAAUUUGAGGAUUUUGGAGAAGGCUGCGAUUUCAUUUCAUGGGCCAGAAAAAGUUCCUGGAUGUCCAAAAAUUGAAUACAUGAGCGCGACCGAACAUACAUACCAGCGGUGACCUGCAGCUGCCUCCUCCCACCCGCCUCAUAAUCUGCAUAGCAUGGCUUCUGUCAAGCGACAAGCCUCCGACAGCUUCAGCGAGUCGGGGGCCUUGGUCAAAAGACAAAGAUCGAAUGCAGACCUUAAGGACAGUCGAGCCUUGACAGUUGGUGCGAAAGGUCAAGAUGGCUCCCUUGUGCCUUCGAGUCUACGCACAAGCGCCCUUAAUGCACCAAUUAUGGAAAUGACAGGUCACUCUGGCGAGAUAUUUGCAGUCAGAUUCGAUCCAACUGGCCAACAUAUAGCCUCAGGUUCCAUGGACCGAUCAAUAAUGCUCUGGAACACAUACGGACAGUGCGACAAUUAUGGCAUCAUGACUGGCCACAAAGGCGCAGUACUUGACCUACAAUGGUCUCGAGAUUCGAGAACGAUAUACUCCGCUUCCGCCGACAUGACAGUUGCAAGCUGGGAUCUAGAAACAGGCUUGAGAAUACGGAAACACGUGGGUCACGAAGAGGUGGUGAACUGCGUCGAUCUAAGCAGACGCGGCCAAGAUCUGUUGCUGAGUGGUAGCGAUGAUGGGUGUAUAGGGAUAUGGGACCCUCGGCAAAAAGCUGCGGUGGAUUACAUUGAAACCGACUUCCCAAUCACAGCAGUCGUCAUGGCCGAGCAAGGCCACGAAAUCUACUCGGGCGGAAUCGACAAUGACAUCAAGGUCUGGGACGCUCGUAAGAUGGAGGUCACUUACACUCUGAGCGGUCACGGAGACACCAUAACAUCACUGGAAGUCUCGCCGGAUUCGCAAACAUUGCUGUCCAAUUCGCACGACUCAACGGUCCGCACCUGGGAUAUCAGACCUUUUGCUCCCGUCGACCGAGCUGUACGCACCUAUGAUGGAGCACCUGCAGGAUUUGAGAAGAAUCUCAUUCGAGCCAGCUGGAGCCCUAAAGGAGAUAGAAUCUGCGCUGGAUCUGGUGACCGGACGGCUGUGGUAUGGGAUACUCGUUCAGCCAAACUCUUGUACAAAUUACCUGGCCACAAAGGCACGGUCAAUGAUGUGCGAUUUUCACCCACGGAAGAGCCUAUAAUUGUGUCUGGCUCAACGGAUCGGAAUAUCCUUCUUGGUGAGCUUGGAAGGUGAAGCAAACCUCUAGCAGGCUUUUAAUAUCCAUACCAUGGUAACAGCGACCCUCUGUGGCGGCCGAUGAGUACGACGACAAGACGAUAUC